AUGGGCUUCAACACCUACAAUCAGGUCUCGUGCUCUCCAACCGAAGCAAAGUCCCACACCACGAUGGAUCUCAUGGCUUCGCAGGGCUACAUCGCUGCAGGCUACAACUUCUUCCAGAUCGACUGCGGUUGGGUUUCGAGAACAUCCAGCCGAGACUCGUCCGGCAACCUUAUGACCAACACGGACGCAUUCCCCUCCGGUAUGAAGAGCCUGGGUCAGUACGCAGCCUCCAAAGGCCUCGACUUUGGUCUCUACUCUGACGCCGGCUACCGAGCUUGCGAUCCUCAGACGCCCAGUCCUGUCCUGGGCAGUCUAGGUUAUGAGACGCAGGACGCACAGCUGCUCAAGAGCUUCAACGUGAGCUACCUCAAGUACGACAACUGCUACGCAGAUGGUACCACCGCGGCCGACAACGCGCCCAAAGCUGCUCGUACAGAUUUCCCUUCUCGCUUCGGCACCAUGAGCAAAGCUCUCUCGAACGUCGGCAUCAACAAGCUGCUCAUCUGCCAAUGGGGUGUACCACAGAAGCAGGCCAAUGGCAGCCUCAUCGGACCUGCUCAGUGGACUCAGGGUCUUAGCACCUCCUACCGCCUGUCCGACGACAUUGCUUCAGGAUGGAUCAACGUGCAACGCAUCCUGAAUCAAGCCAUCCCAAUCUCGCUCAACGGUCGAAGCGGUCCGGGUCACUUCGCGGAUGGGGAUCUGCUCGAAGUAGGCAAUUCGGGGAUGUCGAUCGAUGAACAAGCCACACACUUCGCUUUCUGGUCAAUGAUCAAGAGUCCCUUGGUCAUCUCUACCGAUCUCUCUAGUAUUUCUUCUGAUGCCAAGGCAAUUCUGCUCAACAAAGGUUUGAUCGCUAUCAACCAAGACAAGCUGGGACAGCCGGUCAAGCUGAUCGAGCGGAGGACCAACAACUUUGAUCUCCACGCUGGCAAGCUGAGCAACGGCGACAUGGCUGUGCUCGCCUUCGACUGGAGCAAUACGCAGAACACAAUCACCGUCGACUUUGCCCAACUCGGUGUUGCCUCGGCCGACGUCACUGACCUUUGGACCGGUGCAACCCGAACCGCAGUCACAUCGUACACUAAGCAGGUGAACGCUCACGGCUCCGUACCCUUGCGUCUGUCCAACAUCAAGUACACCAACGCAGCCGCUCCCACCUUGAGCUACAUCGAGGCUGAAUCUGGCACGCUUGCAGGCAAAGCAGCCACCGCCUCGUGCGCUGGCUGUUCUGGUGGUACCAAGGUCGGCUACGUCGGUGGUGGUGCAGGCAACACGCUCACGCUCAACGGCAUCAAGGCCAGUGGCAACGAAGCCGUGCUCUACUUUGAUUACAUCAACGCCGACGUUGGAUUCUCGUUCGUCGGCGCUACCAACGAGCGCGAGGCUCAGAUCAGCGUUAAUGGCGGCAGCGCGCAGAAUGUCAGCUUCCCGCUCAGCGGCUACGAUUGGAGUCUGGACGUGACCAAAGGCUACAAGGUCAGACUGACGGGCUUCAAAACCGGUCAGAGCAACUCGAUCACCAUCUCCAACCCCAAUUCGUACGCUCCUGACUUCGACCGCGUCGGAUACUCCGGAUACCUUCGAGAGAUCUACGUGGGCGGACUGAGCGGUGGAACCCCACAGACGACCGACCUCAAGCUGCUCGAGCAGCAAGCCAAGGCUAAGCUCACGCCCGAGGCAUAUGCUUACGUUGCUGGAAGCGCUUCCACCGAGAGCACGGCCCGUGGAAACCUGGAUGCUUUCAGCAAGUGGCACAUCGUCCCAUCGAUGUUGCGAGAUGUCUCCCUCGCCGAAUUUGACAGCACCACUCGUCUUUUCGGAAGGGACUACUCUUCGCCUCUAGUCAUUGCACCAAUCGGCGUACAGGCUCAGCUGCACGCAGAAGAGGCCGAUUGCGCCACAGCGCGAGCAGCUGCUGAUCUCGAGAUCCCCUUCACUCUCUCUUCCGCCACCAGUCGACCUCUUGAAAAGGUGCACGAAGAAGCAGGGUUCGCCAAAGGAUCGGAAGAGGAUGCUGUGGACGCAUGGUUCCAGCUCUACUGGCCUCAAGACGAUGACUUGACUGCGAGCCUGCUCAGCAGAGCCAAGAAGUCAGGGUAUCGCGUGCUCGUGGUAACGCUGGACACGUGGAAUCUGGGUUGGCGCCCACGAGAUCUCGACUCAGCUUACAAUCCUUUCCUCACCGGUCAAGGCGUUGCCAAUGUCUUUUCUGACCCCGUCUUUAUCGAGAAGUAUUGCGAAGGCAAGGACCCUCGCCGCUCCGACGUGACAAAGGAGGAAAUCACCGAAGCUUCCGUCGCAGCCAUAGCGCAACUUUCUCCCGGUGUGUCCCGCACCUGGUCCGAUCUGGCUCUCCUCCGCAAGCUUUGGGGCCCCGACCCGAUCGUUCUCAAGGGUAUUCAGACGCUCUCGGAUGCUGCACGUGCCGUCGAGGCCGGUAUGGAUGGCGUGUGGGUCUCAAACCACGGCGGUCGUCAGGUCGACGGCGCCGUUCCCUCGCUCAACCAGCUACCGGUCAUUGCCGACUACAUUCGCUCGCUCCCGCUCAAGGAGGGCGAAGAGAAGAAGACGGUCAUCUUUGAUUCAGGAAUCCGCUGCGGUGCAGACAUCAUGAAGGCGUUGGCUCUCGGCGCGGAUGCAGUCGCUGUGGGCAGACCUUGGUGCUGGGGCUUGGCCGUCAACGGCGAAGAUGGUGUGCGCGACGUGCUCAAGACGCUAUUGGCGGAUUUCGAGCUGAACGCUGGCCUUGCUGGAUUUCAGUCGGCGAAGCAGCUUGGUAGACAUGCUCUGAUUCGUGCUGACGGACGCUUGUAG